AUGCCGCCCAAGAAAAAGGGAGAGCGCCAGGACACAGACGCUGCUGAGGAGAGAAACGCUCAGGUGCAGCUCGAGAAGGCCAAGUACAGGCCUGUUGCGUUCGCCGUGCGCUGCAACUUCUCAUACACCCCCGCAGACGACGACAAUGUCCCGGUCCCAGGACAAGCCAUCACCUUCGAGGCCAGAGACUUCCUCCAUGUCAAAGAGAAGUUUAGCAAUGAGUGGUGGAUCGGCCGGCCGGUGAAGGAGGAUGGAGUGGUGGGUUUCAUUCCCAGCCCAGUGAAUCUGGAGACCAUCCUGAUCCGACGAGAGGUCCAGGCCCGGAAAGCUGCCAAGGCCUUAGCCAAUAAAGUGUCCUCUCAAGUUGCUCAAGAUAUGAAUUCAAAAAAGUACACCCCUCCUUCACAAGCACAACAGCAAGUGAAAAAGAAACCGGGGGAGCAUGUGUCCAUGUACGAUGUAGUGCCUACUAUGCGUCCUGUUAUUCUAAUGGGACCAUCACUAAAGGGCUUAGAGGUGACGGAUAUGAUGCAAAAAGCACUGUUUGACUACUUAAAGCACCGAUUUGAAGGCAGAAUAACAAUCACUCGGGUCACAGCGGACAUUUCUCUGGCGAAGAGAUCCAUCCUCAACAAUCCUGGGAAAAAGGCCUUAAUCGACCGAACCAAUACACGCUCCAAUUUAGAUGCUGCUGCUCAGAUCCAGGGGGAGGUGGAGCGUAUAUUUGAGUUAGCCCGUAGCAUGCAGCUUGUGGUCCUGGACGCAGACACAGUCAACCAUCCCAUUCAAGUGACCAAGACAUCACUGGCCCCUAUCAUGGUUUACGUCAAGAUCUCAUCCCCAAAGGUGUUGACCAGACUGAUCAAGACGAGAGGGAAAUCACAAAGCAAACACCUCAAUGUCCAGUUAGUGGCAGCAGAUAAACUGGCCCAGUGUCCGACUGAAAUGUUUGAUGUGAUCCUGGAUGAGAACCAGCUGACAGACGCCUGUGAGCAUAUCGCAGACUUUCUGGAGUCGUAUUGGAGAGCAACACAUCCUCCGGAGAUGGAGCCGGCCAACGCUUUGGUGGCCACCCUGGCAGAGAACACCCUGCCCACCAGCCCCACAGUCGUGCCGAUAAAGAAGUGA